AUGGCUGGUACCGUAGCUGAAGAUAUUAAUUAUCUUGAUUCAACAACCGAUGAUUGUCUUCCUUGGCCAGUACAGCUGUCCAUACCAGCAACAAUGCGAACAAACUUUGCACACACACCGACUCACGUUCCCAUCCAUGAUUUACCAGGCAAAGAAAAUAAUUUUACUUUGAAUGCAAAUGCUAUCGAAAAAACAUUGAAUAAAGAGCUCGAUAGACAUGGUGAACGAACAGAUCUAGACGACAAAAUCAAACGAUUUCAAAUAAUCAAUCUUUGGCGUUCAUUAAGUCCCAACCCAAUUACAGACAAUCCAUUAACCAUCUGUGAUUAUCGUUCGAUUGAUCCAGUUAAGAAUGCUCAUAUGCUGACCGUUCGUGGAGAAACUGACAAUACAACAGCGUACACAAUCUCGGAAAGUGCACACGAUACUCAUAUGUAG